AGAGACACAGAGAACUCUACUGGUAUGAUUCUGCCAAUGGACUAGCUUUGCCUCGAGGGGAGGCGUCAAUACUAACUACCAGAGAGGUCACAGAUGAGAGCUGUCCUGGAAAAAAAAAAAACAAUCAGAAAAUGAUAAACCAACAGGAAUCAAUAAACAAGUGAGGUUCUCCAGUUCCAGUGAUCACACACACCGAAGGAAGGAUGAAAAAUACCAAGAUUCUUCACCUCGGUUGCCGGCUUCCUAGCAGAUGAUGAUGAUUGGUGUCCCCUAGACCAGCAGUCAAUACGUAAAAAACUCGUCGCAGCGCGAACAGUCAUGGCUUUGGACGGUUGCGGCCUCGCUUGUAAAUAUAUCCUGUUCCUCUUCAAUCUCCUCUUUGCGGUGCUGGGUUUUGCCUUUUUGGGUCUGGGCCUGUGGCUCAGGUUCAGUGACAACACCAGACCAAUCUUUGAAAUAAAUGCCCUUAACUCCAGUACAUUUGUGUUGGGUGUGAUUCUACUGAUCGCACUCGGCACAGUGAUGCUGGUCGUCGUCACGGUUGGCGACUACGGGGCCUGCAGCGAGAAGAAAUGUGCUCUCCAAGUGUUCUCCGUCCUUUUGUUCAUCCUGGCAGUGGCCGAGGUCGUUUUUGGUAUCGUCGCUUACACGCAACGGGAAGAGGUUGGGAUGAGGGUCGCAGAAUUCUACACUAGCAUCUAUACUUUGUUUGCAACCAGCAAAGAUGUGGGCAUCGGUGUCACACUGAUGUUCAUUCAUGAGAUGCUUCACUGCUGUGGUUUGACGGGGGUCACGUUGUUGGAGAUUGUUUCACAGACCUGCCCCAAGCCAAAAAGCUUCUUGGAGAACAUUGCCAUGCCUACAUGUCCUGGAGUCAUCACCGAUUUCUUCAACAGCAACGCACAGAUGGUUAUGGCCAUCUUCAUUGGAACUGGAGCUCUUUUGAUCAUUGCAUUCAUAUGCAGCGUGAUCCUCAAUGAGAAGCUUCGCGUGUCCAGCUCAUCCUCUCCUCAGUACAUCAUCUUGACCAACGCUGCGCAAUCCCUGCCUGUCGUUUCCCAGCAUCAGCAUGAGUCCAGCUUGAACCCCGACCAAGAACCAGUCACCUUCACCCCUCUCACUUAGUCUGCACGCAUUAUUGAGCCUAUUACACAAUUUCAAAGAAAAGCUUCUCCUGGUAGGACCAGCGAUAUUAUAUAACCUGCUGCUGAAAUACUUUUACUUGCAUUAACAACCGUGACAAAACAAGUUAACACUAGUGACAUCAACAAGGCUACACACUCACAUGGAAUGAUAAAAAUUGAAUUUUGUUUGAAUAAGCACUUGCAUCUAUAUUUAAAACACUUUCAUGUUUCCUUUUCAAAAUCAGCCAUUUUCCUUCCUGUUCAUGAUCUGCUUUCAUUAAACUCUGUUUCAAAAUAUACAUUGUCCGGACUCUCUAAUAUUUUCACUCUCUUUGUAUGGCAAGUUUAAUCUUAGGCGCCAGAAGGGUGUUUGUGUGUGUGUGUGUGUGUUGCGGGGGUGUCAUUCAUUGCUUCAUUCACCCUAGCCUUAUUUCCCCUCUACUUUCUAUUUCUGCAUGACAGAUCAUUGCCCUGGUGUGUGCCACUAUCCUCUUGAAACAGAUCAAGAAAGACCUGACGGCUGCCGCUGCACACUACUCCGCUGUCUACUAGGUGGAGGAUUCCUAUUGCACCCCAAGCUAAGCACCAAACUAUUUGCAUGUCUGGCCCCCCCCCCACCUUUAACAACUGACAUUCUACUUGGUACGCGAGUGCUUGCUUUGAAUCACCGUUUAUCACACUAAUAGAUGAUUUACAUUCAAUUACAGUAUAUAGAAGCAGAUCAUGUUAAAUGUUAUACUUUAGUUAUUUCAACGUCCCAAAAGAAUUUCUAUCUUUAAUGCUUUGGUAGUUACACAAUUCAUUUUAUUUUUGCAACUUGGGAUGUCUUAAGUCGAAAGUGUUCUUUUUCACAGAGGUCAGAUUUAACGCAGGGCAAAUAAAACCAUGCAAGCGUGACAUAAUUUUUGUUUGGGGAGCUAUCACUUGAAUAAAUGUGCUGCUACUCUUCGCCUUGGAUUAGUGUUUUUCUGUUUUAGAAAUUUUGUUACACUGUAUUGUUAAUUUGCUUUUCUUAAAAUAAAAUUCCACUUUGUAAUACAA